UGGAGAUGUUAAAUCAGCAGUCGUCUGCGGGACGUAGCGGCGUGCGGUCGACACAAUGAGACAAAUCGCGGUUGGCGCAGUGAAAGUUUCUUAGAGAAAUGCGUUUGGCGCUCGCUUUUCUGUUUGUGGUGACAUGGCGAGACGUGGUUGGCUUGGACUCGUCCAGCUCGUGUGCGCGACCACAUCGGACCACGCGUGGGCUCCCGGACGCACCAUGUGACCUUAGCAAGCUGAGCUAUUGUACAACGCCAGGGAAUAGCUAUCCAUGGCAUGCGAUACGGCGAUUCGUUAGAGAAAAUCAGGGCCUUAUGAAAAGAAUGUACGGCGAAGAACGUCAUAUAGCAGUGUUAAAAGCUGAAAUAGAAAACUUUAUUGAAGACGACGAAGAUGACAAGUCGAAAGAAUUUGCUGAAGAUAUUAUUAAGACAAAAAUAAAGUACACAAAGAAAACACAUCGAGGGAUAAAAGAUAAACCGCACUUUAGGCCAAUACAAACGGAUAAGCAAAAAAAAGAAAACGAUACCUUACGAGUUAAACCACUACACAAUUCAGGCAAUAAAACUAAAAUCGAAAAUAAAAAAGUGGAGAAAGGAGAUGAAAAUGAAACUAUAGAUGAUGCUGAAAUAUCAUAUAAAACAAAACUAGAAAGUAUUGCAAAUAUAGAAAUUAACAACCUAACCCCAGAUGUUAUUACAUUAGAAGCCGUUAUCAAACAAAGUAUCGAGACUAAUAGUAUUUACCCAAAGGUAUCCAGUAAUUCUAAAGUAGAGGCUUUAAAAUAUGAUAAUAAAUCAAAGGAUGAAAGUAAUGUCACUACUAGUACAGAAAAAUUUAAUUCAACAGAAACGACAUUUGACCAAUACGACGAAAUAACAACAGAAUCGAAAGACAGUUGGAAAACCACGGAUACGUCGACUCUCCCACCGACACUUUUGUUCUCUGAGCAUGAAAAAGUCAAAAUAACUGAUCGUAUAGAUACAAAAGUAAAUGAAAAGAAAGAAGAAUUACACCCAAAACCUCAAGAAACAGUACGACCUGCAGUCAUUAAGUUGCGAGGAGCUAAUGCAUGCGAGUCAAAGGAGGAGAUGGCAGCUCCAUUCUGGGCGAACAGCACUCGCGGCGAAGUCUUGGCCCUUCUCAACAUGUAUCCUUUCGAGCAGUACAUACAUUUGGAGACCUGCGUACAUGAACACAAACAAAUGUACUGCAGAGAAGGAUGCAGAUGUGAGCAGCAAUACCGUAUACACCGACUUCUAGCGUAUGAUCCUCGCAACGAGUGCCGUGGCAUCUUCGCCGACUGGUUCAAAUUUCCUGCGUGUUGUGUUUGCAAGUGCUACGAUGUUCCACUGGAGUUUAGAGCAAGAUCUCCAAGGAUUCUUCGUCCUCAAUAUGAUGACGACGUCAGGAGGAUCAUUUAUGAAGACGUCGCUCGAGAUUGGUACUCGCUGUCCUACGACGAAGACGAUGAUGACUUUUAUUAGGAGUUUUAAACACUACUGCGCCAGUAACAUGAGAUCGUGGUAU